AAGGACACUUCAGAGACUGACUUUCAUCAACGCCACGUAUUUGCCGACAAUAUUAAACGUCACUGCAUUCGUCAUAGUCAUUCGCCAUCGGAGAGUAUAUUUACCGUGGAGCACAUUUGCAGGAAACUCAAUCAAGUGUUUGUUUUGAAGCUUUUCGAGUUCAUCUUGGAUUUCUCCUCGCCGGCUGGAGUGGUGCGUUCACGUUCCUCUGCUGAUGGGAGAUUAGUUAUUGGUGCCUCGUUUGUAACUCAGAAGACUGCAGGCUUCUCGAUCCCGGCUAACAGUUCUUGCACCGUCACCAUGGAGGAGACCAAAGGUGAAAGCAAAGCAAAGACGAAAACAUCCAUGUUCCACCACUUGAGGAAAAUCGAUAAAGUCGACGCUAAGGCUCAAGACAUCACUAAGCUUCCGCACCACACUGCCAUCAACCUGGAGUUCAAGCAGCUGUCCUACAUUGUCCGGGAGGGACCCUGGUAUCACAAGACAGGUUAUAAAACCCUCCUCAAUCGUCUUUCUGGACAAUUCAACAGCAGAGAUCUUACCGGAAUCAUGGGGCCAUCUGGAGCUGGCAAGUCCAGCCUGAUGAACAUCCUGGCGGGAUACAAAGAGUCGGGCAGGACUGGCCAAAUCCUGGUGAAUGGUCGUCCAAGGAACUUGAAGAUCUUCCAGAAGAUGUCCUGCUACAUCAUGCAGAGCGACAUUUUGAUGCCCCACCUAACCACCAAGGAGGCCAUGAUGGUGUCUGCCAAUCUGAAACUCAAUGAGAACAUGGCAGUCAAAAAGAAACUUGUGGACGACAUCAUGACUGCUUUAGGGCUUCAGAUCUGUGCUAAAACACGGACCAACCAUCUCUCAGGGGGCCAAUGUAAAAGACUGGCCAUUGCUCUUGAGUUGGUCAACAAUCCUCCUGUUAUGUUCUUUGACGAGCCCAUCAGUGGCUUAGACAGCGCAUCAUCUGUCCAGGUCAUCUCCCUCCUGAAGUCUCUGGCAAACGGUGGACGGACGAUCAUCUGCACCAUUCAUCAACCCAGUGGCAACCUCUUCCAGAUGUUUGAUAAGCUGUACAUACUCAGUCAAGGCCAAUGUGUAUACACCGGAACAGUCUCCCACCUCAUCCCUCACCUUAACAGCCUGGGCCUCUUUUGCCCCCCGUAUCACAAUCCGGCAGACUACAUCAUUGAGGUGGCGUCAGGGGAGCACGGGGACAUGAACCCCGUGCUGUAUCAGGCUGCUUACGGGGGCCAGUGCUGUGAGGAUAGCAAGAACACGGAGGAAGUGAAGACAUUCGUACUCACUAAGGACGCCUUAAACUUUGAGAAACAGAACUAUGGCACCAGUACCAUCAAACAGUUCUACAUCCUCUUGAAAAGAAACAUCAAGACGAUAUGCAGAGACACCUUGCUGACCCACCUGCGAGUGAUAUCCCACAUCCUGAUUGGACUCCUCAUUGGCCUGCUUUAUCUCAAAAUUGGAAAUGAUGCAGACAAAGCGUUCAACAACACCAGUUUCCUCUUCUUCUCCAUGCUGUUCCUCAUGUUUGCCGCCCUGAUGCCCACCAUUCUAACCUUUCCUCUGGAAAUGUCCGUGUUUGUAAGGGAACACCUGAAUUCCUGGUACAGUCUACAAGCCUACUACCUUGCCAAAACAAUUGCGGAUAUUCCAUUCCAGCUGAUCUGCCCAAUCCUAUACUGCAGUAUUGUGUACUGGAUGACUCGGCAGCCAUCUGAUGCAUCACGUUUUCUGCUGUUUAUCACCUUGUCCACAUGCAUCUCCAUGGUAGCCCAGACACUGGGGAUGCUCAUAGGGGCGGCAUCCCCUUCGCCACAGGUUGCAACCUUUGUGGGUCCGAUCACAGCCAUACCUGUCAUCCUCUUCUCUGGCUACUUUGUGAAUUUCAAAACCAUUCCUCAUUAUCUACAGUGGACUUCUUAUGGAUCCUACCUCAGGUAUGGCUUCGAGGGAGUGAUUCUCUCCAUCUACGGGAUGAACCGCACAGAGUUGGAGUGCUUCGACGUGAACCUGGGGUGUGCUUUCAAAAAUCCAGAGUCUGUCCUGAUCAUGCUGAACGUGGAGGACGCCAAGCUGUAUGUGGAUUUCAUCGUGCUGGGGGUUUUCUUUGUGAUCCUCAGAACGGCCACUUUCCUGGUCCUUCAGUACAAAGUCAAUGCAGAUCGUUAAGCCGAUGUAAAUGUAAUGUUCAUUUGUUAUGUAUUCACUUUUCACCAUUAAGAUUGUUGCUGCUGUGUUGUUACUAACGGAGCUGACUGAACAGGCUGUGAUGUUAAAUGUUAAAUUAUUAAGACACUUCAAAAUCUAUUCUAUAAAUGUUUUUAGAAGCUCAUCCAUCCAUCCAUCUUCUACCGCUUGUCCCUCAGUGAUUCUCAAAACUUCUUACAGACAAACAUAGUAAAUGCUUGCCAUUUUCUGGUGACUGUUUCAGACAUGUUUUGUUAGUCCUGUCCAGUGCUCUUAAUUUGUAGUUCACUUCCCCUGUCUGCUACUGAGUGCAGACCGAUUGGGACAGGUCUGUCCCAAUCGGGCUCCUUUAUAUGCCUGUACAGAGUUGCCUUUGCGAGUCUACUGAGAGUAUGUUUCCCGAUGAAGUUUUGUGUUUUGCGCACUUCCUGGCUGUAUUCACCUUUUGUUAAUUAAAUAUUAUUUCACUUA